GAUAUGAUAAGUUCACAAGGCUAUAGCAUCUCUGUGUCUACUGGCAUGGAACCUCCAACAUUGGGCCAUAGAGUCCAAUAUUCAGCUCUCGUCGGUUCAUAUCCCGGGCACUUCCAACGAUCUGGCCGAUGGGCUGUCCCGGGGAAGGAUCAUCCCGACAGUAUGGUCACUGCUCCCAGUGAUUGCCCAACUGCUCUUCAGCCGGAUGGACCGGCCACAUGUAGACCUAUUUGCAACGACAGCACUCACUCAGUUUCCCAGAACUACAACCCCUGGUCCUUCACAUGGAUGCCCUGUCGAUGGCAUGGGACGAGAUACUGGGGUACGCCUUUCCCCCAAUCUCCCUAGUGUCGAGGGUGCUGGCAAAGAUUCUGCUCAUUGCGCCCUUUUGGCCCCGCCAACCCAUGUUAACCAGGCUUGUCAGACUUCUUGUCGACCAUCCCGUGAUCCUUCCGCAGAGGCCAGACAUCCUAUUCCAACCGUCGUCGGGGUUUCUGCAUCCGGCUCCGAGGGACCUACACCUGACCUGCUGGGCUGUACCACGAGACCCCUCACAGCGGCAGGCCUUUCAGAGAGUGUUGCAGCAAUUGCAGUACACAGCCUAUGAUCAUCCACCAAGGAGGUUUACAUCAGUCGACUACACCGUUUUAACAAAUGGUACGGGAGGAAGGCUGCGGAUCCCUCCAGUGCUCCUGUAGGGGUGAUUGGCGAUUUCUUCGUCCACCUCUUCCAAGAAAUGGUAUCUCAAUCGCACCGAGGACCUCAGAGGGGAGUGCAAACAGCUGUUCAUCACCUCUGUUUUCCCUACCGGGCAGCAUCCAAGGAUACAAUUGCCCGCUGGAUUGUUCAGGCGAUCAAAUCCAGCUCAGCAGCAGACUGGCCUACGCCUUUAGUGAACCCGGCCAAUGCUCAUGAAGUCCAGGCAAUGGUUACAUCAUGGGCUUUCUUCAAGGGAGUUCCCAUUGAGGACAUCAUCAAAGCAGCAUGCUGUACUUUCACGUCUUGCUACGAUGUUCCACACCAGGAGGGGCGAGCAGGCCAUGUAGCUCUGAUGGCAGCGAAGGCCCUCUCCAGCCGAGGUGACAUCUCGUCUCACAAGAAGUAGCGGUACUGGACACCUUCCCUUUUGUCAAAUCACCCAUCGACCACACCGUCCUGCAGCCAGAAGCCUCGUUAUCUCAAGGUGUUCUCAGUCAUAGUACCUUCACUCCUCUAGGAAUGGAAGAACUCCCCAAAGAGGGUGACAUCAUCGGGAUUGACGCAGAAUUCGUCUCCUUGAAUCAGGUUGUAGAUUAUCUGACUAAGUUCUCAGGCAUCAAGCCAGGUGAUCUUGAUGCCACCAUCUCCUCCAAGCAUCUCACCACCCUGAAGGCCACAUAUCUCAAGCUCAGAUAUCUGCUGGACUGCAAGGUCAAGUUUGUUGGUCAUGGUCUCCGCAAGGAUUUCAGGGUCAUAAACCUCCUGGUUUCACACAAGCAAGUGAUUGACACAGCAGCACUCUUUAACCUUCCAAAACAGAGGAUCUUGUCUCUUCGGUUCCUAGCCUGGUUCUUCCUAAGUGUGAACAUCCAAUCAGAGACUCAUGACAGUAUUGAAGAUGCCCGGACUGCUGUGCAGCUCUACCGCAAGUACUUGGAACUAACCAAAGACAAUCAAGAUGAAUGGCAGAAAGAGUUGAAACGUUUGUACAGCGAGGGACGCAGCCUGCAGUGGAAGGUCCCUGGAUCAACUUGAGCAGACCCUGGAUCAACUAAGGUGGUCCCUGGAUCAACUUUAGUGGACCCUGGAUCCACUAAGGUGGUCCCUGGAUCAACUUUAGUGGACCCUGGAUCAACUUGAGCGGGCCCUGGAUCACUUAUUGUGUCUAUGGACUAACAUUAAGGUAUCUGAAUCAGUUUUAAGAUGCCAGUCAAAUUCUGAAUGCCUGGAUCAAAUGAGGUGCCCUAUAAGUUGUAGGGUGCAUGGAUCAUUUUUGUGGUGCCUGGAUUAAUUUGGAGGUCCCUGGAUCAAUUUUGAGGUUACUGUAUCAAUUGUGAGGCACCUGGACCAUGUUUGUUCUGCCCAUAGAGUUAUAUAUAAGAACUAGAGGGCGCACUGGAAAUGCUGCUUGCACAAACACGAAAAGCUAUUUUAGUUGUACAGUUUUCUUUUGUAUAUGAUUUCACGAUGAAAAAUGUUUGAAGCUAUGCACCAUAACUGGAAUUAUCAAAACAGCAAGUAACAACAGCAUGAUCUUUCUUCUAGUGAAGUAGCUUGUUUACUGCAAAGGUCGACUGAUUCAAAUAAAUCGUUCAAAAGUGGAUGGUUUUGGCAUUCUUCUCUUUUGUGUUCGCUUUCAGGCCAUUGAAAACUAUGAUUCCAUCUGAUGUUGAGCUUUCAUUCAAAGGAAAGACCACAAACAAAUCGCAGCCAGGAAAUCAUUUACUUUUGCAAACAUUUUCAAUUUGUAUUGUACUGAGGCUUCACACACACAUAGCGGAUCCGUGCAAAGCUACCAACAUAAUGAUCGAAAUGUCAAGCUGUAGUACACCGCUUGUUCGUUUUGAAAACCACCACAAGUCAUUCAAACAUAUGUAACUGCAAACCUCACCAGACUUAAAGCUACUGUUGUUCGUUUUGAAAACCACCACAAGUCAUUCAAAGAUAUGUAACUGCAAACCUCACCAGACUUAAAGCUAUUGUUGUUCUUUUAUAUGUAUUGUUUACAGAUGUUUACAUAAUUUAGUUGGUCAUAGCAGAAAACUGUCCUUGAAAUAUUUUUGCUUGAAAUGAGCAACAUAAUUAGUCCGGAACCAUGAUGCUUGAAAGCAGUAGAAACAGUGAUAGAGUUUUCACUAGUUUGGGGCACAAUUAUCUACUUUCACAGGUUUGCUAUUAAUUUCUUUAAAUAAUGUGACACACCAAGUGUGAAUAAUGGUUUUUGAUACCGACAAAUGUUUUCCAACUGCAAAAUUAAAUUGUAGUUUAUAUUUGAAUUUAUAUUUCCACAGGAACAAAUUACACGUUUUGUGUAAUGUUUAUUCUGCCUGCCAUUGCCUGUGAUUUAACUUAGACAAAUUUUGAGCAAGAGUAUUUUUUAUUUCAUUAAUUUGAAAACAAUGAGUCGUAAAAAUGAUUUGUAUAUUGUUAUAAUACAAAAACAAAGGCAUACAUUACAUUUACAAACAAAUUAACUGCCAAAGAUUAAAAGUGUAAGGGUUAAGAUUGUAUAAUCACAAACAAAUGUUUUGUAUAUGAUAUCAUUUUGAAUAAAAUAGUAAUACCACAGAUAACUGUUUAAAUAUAAAUGUGAUGGAUCAAGCAAAAUGAGUCGUUUUCUGCAGGAACAAAAAACGGUAUGGAAAAACGAGCCAGCACAUGCAAACAGUUUUUUUUUUAUUAUGUGUAGGUUUUUUGUAAUUCAAAUGCCCAAAUAUAUUUUCAUUUUAAUACAUUGGUGGGUUUUUUCCGGGUAAAUAAUUUGCUUGAAGCACAUGUAGUGUAAUCCUUGAAAACUUGCAAAAAUUGUGUUGGCUGCCUAAGUUUAUGAGGAAUAAGUUUUUGAGUUCUUUAAAAACUUGGCAUUUAAAAUUUGUUGAAUCCCAUUUGAACUAAACCCCAGUGGAUAAUGUGCCAUCUCAAUUUUCAAAGGUUGUGCAGUGCAUAAAUAUUCUCAAAAUAUAUUUUCCAGUCCCACAAAGACUUGCCAAGAGAAAUAUGAUAAGUUCACAAAGCUAUAUAUAGCCUUGUGAAAAUGUUCAAGAAAAAUAUGAUACGUUCACAAGGAUUAUGAUUCUGACUGUGCUUGUGGUCCAAAUUCUGUUAAGAUCGUCAGGGCCUAGUUUCUUAAAGCUUUUAAGCACAAUAAACUUGCUAAGCAAAGAAAAGUACUGCUACAGAACAGCUGACCAGUCGAAAUUACAUUUG